AUGCGCCGUAUCGCCCUCACAGUCAAGACUUCUCCCAGCAGCGAGAUAAGUAUGGAGGCUUGGAUGCCACGGAACUGGACCGGUAGAUUUCUGAGUGUUGGCAACGGGGGACUGGGAGGAUGUAUCUCGUAUGGAGACAUGGCUUACACUAUGACUCAGGGGUUCGCAUCGGCCGGUGCAAACAACGUUCACAACAGAACAACGGUCAAAACGCUACUCAACAGCACGGAGCCGACUGCUGACUUUGCAUAUCGAUCUGUACACACUGGCGUUGUUGUCGGGAAAAAGAUCACCGAAAUAUUCUAUGGCCAACCCUAUACCAGGUCGUACUAUUUUGGCUGCUGCUCUGGGGGGCGACAGGGUUUCAAGGAGGCGCAAGACUUCCCGACCGACUUUGACGGUAUCGUCGCCGGGGCUCCAGCGCAUGCCAUGGGCAACCUGACCUCCUGGGCUGGACAUUUUUACCCACUCACUGGCAACGUCACUAGCCCCAGGUUUGUGCCCAAGGCCAUGUGGCCCCUCAUUCAGCGAGAUGUGUAUAGUCAGUGUGAUGGUCUCGACGGAGUUGUUGAUGGAGUUAUUGAAACUGCAGAGUGUUGUCACUACGACCCGAGCGGCCUCGUUUGCAAAGGUGGGCAGACAAAAGUCUGCCUCACUGAGGGACAGGCAGAAACCGUCAGAAAGAUCUAUAGCCCUCUCCUUGACAACCACGGCAGCUUUGUCUACCCCGCCAUGAACCCCGGCUCCGAGGACAACACGGCGUCCAUAUGGUUCAGAACCAGAAUGGGACCCAGCCACGCUCAACUCGUCAGACUAUCCAUACUUCUGGGCCAAGAACCCUUUGGGCUCAACGCGUGGAAUGGUGAUCUAAGCCCUUUCUGCAACCGAGGUGGAAAGGUCAUUACGUACCACGGCCAGAUGGACUCGGUGAUUACGUGUAGAAUUUCGGAGACGUACUAUGAGCAUGUCUCCAGGUCCAUGCAGUCUUCUCUGAAGGAGCUAGACGAGUCCUAUCGCUUCUUCGGAAUCGGUGGUAUGAAUCACUGUGCUCUGGGUCCAGGGGCAUGGAACUUUGGACAGUCAGGUCCUACCGCACACAUGGACGCCGACCACAAUGUCCUCGCGGCCAUAGUACGCUGGGUAGAGCAGGGCAUCGCACCCGAGACGCUCACGGGGACAAAAUACAUCAACGAUACGACCAGUCUAGGCGAGGAGUUUCAGCGCAAGCAUUGCCGCUAUCCAUUACACAACGUCUACCGAGGGGGCGAUUCGAGGGAUCCAGAGGCCUGGAGUUGUGUAGAGUAA